AUGCGCGCGCCUUCUCAAGAGGUGGUGGCCGGGUCCGGCCGGCACAUCUACGCCUACUGCAAUGUUCGAUCGAACCAAGUCCUCUACUCGUUGAGUCGCAAACUCAAGGACUCGUCGCUCGAACAACUACCCGAUGUCGGUGCCAACCAUAAACCGCCUACGAUUCGGCCAGAUCUUUGGAAACCCCUCUACAGUGUCACUUUACCCAGCCCCGAGCAAGGCCUGAGGCUUUUCAAAAGGCUCAAGGAUUGGCGAAAACUCCACGAACUAUGCUGGGAGCCCCCUUCUUACCUGAGCAACCCGUACACGGAGAAGCAAAUUGCGGAAAUGAAGGAGAAACUCGAAAAUCGCGGUGGCAGCAAGAAAGAGACCGUCUUCGACCUUAUCAAGCGACAAAAGAAGAAGAUGAAGCAGAAGAUUGUGAUGAAUCAAAAGGCUAACAGCAUUGCGGAUUUGGCGGCUGUGCUGAUCGAGCAAGAAGAGCAAGGCACCCUAACGGCGGAGAAACGUCAGAAGGAGUUGGAACUGAAAUUGAAGGAUGAGUUCGAGCUUAUCUACAAGCUGGCUGAAGAGUAUGAAGAAGGUGGCCUGAAGAAGUUGGAUGAUGAGAUUGAAAUCAUGCGAGCCAUGCGCAGGGAGGGUGUGGAUGGAUUCAAGAACAAGCUGCUCGAAAAGUCGAACCUGGCUAAGGAGAGGCGUCAAAAGAUGCUGUACGCAAAUGCGGCUGUCAGGGAAGCUAAGGCGUUUGUGAACCUUCCAUCGGCUACUAGACAGAAGGAGAUCGACCACUGGAGGACAAUCGCGGAGAUCGGAGAGUACUCGAAGCCUGGGGAAUGGAAAGAAUUCCGAGAUCGAGAGUUUUGGUCGGAUAGUGCCUUUGUUGCAACCAUGCAGCGCGAGUAUGGUCAGACGUGGGAACGGAUUGCUGUUGCAUGUCGAGCAGAGGGGUAUCGAGUACCAGGACGGGAGCUGGAGGGGGAGACAAAAGCUGUCAGCGGAGACGGCAUCCUCGCAGCCAAGAAAGAGACGGAGCCACAACCUUCGCCUGAGAAUGUUCAGCAAGUUAGUGCGCGGGAGAAGGAGGGAGAAGAGAGUGACUACAAGACCAUCGUACCGCGUUUUCCUCCUCGACUCGACCGGGCCGGCUUCCCUUUGCAAGAAAGUCCUAAACGUGCUUCGGCGAAAUAUGCUCUGAUGCGGGAGAAUGCACCCAUAUUUACUACAAAAGGUGUCAAGAUCGAGUGGGCCAACUUUCUCGAUGCGGAAUUCGCUCAGGCCUGGCCUGAAGCUGUCGAGCACGAGCCUAUGGGGGGCAAGAGGGAGAAAUACGAAGCUAUUCAGCAGCAGAGAGAGGAAAGGAAAUCGAGGCACGAACUAAGGCUGGCUGAGAUGGUAGAGUUGAAGAGGGAGGAGAUGGACCUGCCACAAGAGAGGAGUCAAGAGGACAUACUGUUGGAAGAGAUUGAGGAAGAAUCUCGACAAGAGAAGACUCCCGAAGAGAGUGCUGCCGAAAUGGCUGCGGCAGAGGAUCUCGAGGCCAGGGAGGCUGCCGCUCGAGAAUCCGCGAUCCAAACAUUGAAGGACAUUCGCAACAGACAGCGACUACCACCGCAGCUCGAAAGCAUUCAGAGCGAAAUUCUGGCACGAGUACAAGCAAAGGCUAUUGAAGAGCGAUGGAGAGGAGCGCCCCGUCGGCCACAGGUUUCCUCAUCCGUCGAACAGCAGUCGGCGGACAGCACAUCGGCACCGCCGGCGCAAUGA